CUUUGCAAAGCGUUGAUUUCAGCAACGAGCAUCGAUACAAGCAUCGUUCAAGGGAAACUUUUUUUAAAAACUACCUUCUAAACCUCAAAAUGUCCAUAAAUCCAGAUAUUCACUACUCAACUAAAUACACCGAUGAUACAGGUUUUGAAUAUAGACAUGUAAUGCUUCCCAAAUCCCUGGCCAAGAAAGUUCCAAGGGAUAGAUUACUGACUGAAGAAGAAUGGCGAGGAAUGGGUAUACAACAAUCUCAAGGAUGGCAACAUUAUAUGAUUCACAAACCAGAACCUCACAUUUUGCUGUUCAAAAGGCCAGUAACCUAGAGCUAAUGAAGAGACAAAUAAAUAUAAUUAUGGUUCAUCCAAAAAAUGGCAGAACGAUUUAGCUAAACAAAGAAUCAACCAUCAUUGUAAAUACCAAGAAUAUUGUUAUUCAAGUCAAGUCAUAAUACUUUUUCUUGCAUCUUAAAUAUUUUGACGACGAAUUUUUGCUUUAAGUUUAUGGUUAAAAUCCACUUAUAAAUGUAAGUUUAUUAGAAGUUUUGGAUAUAAUCUUACAACUUAUUGCUCAUUCUUUUCCAAAUGCUUUGAAUUAUUCCUAGAUAUUAUUCAUAAUAAUUCUUGUAAUAUCAACACCAUUUAUUCAAUAUUUUGUGCAAGUUCUUGUAUCCCACUUAUCAGAUAUUGCCAAUCAAUAUUUUUUUGCUUUCUGUGUGUUAACAUAAGGACAAUAUAUUUAUCUCUCACAAUUGAAUGAAUGUCUAUAUUAUACACUUUACACCUCACACUCUCUUAUAGAAGCAAACCUAUAUUCAUUUUCUAGCAAUACUUGUACAUAUACUGUAACAAUCUUCUUUUGCUAAUAAAAUUUGAUUUGGCAAAGCA